GACGUUGACAAUGAGUCCCAGGUUAUUCAGUAACUCUGCCCUCUUUAAAAGUCCUACUGUUUUCCCCUGGCACCCAGAACCAGCCACUCCUCUCUCCAAGGCGCGGCUGCCAUGAACACCUUCCUGCUCUCCGCACUGUGCCUCCUCGGGGCCUGGGCCGCCCUGGCAGGGGGGGUCACCGUGAAGGAUGGAGAGUUCUCCUUUCCUCUGGAGUCAGUGAAGAAGCUCAAGGCCCUCCAGGAGCCCAGGAUCCCUCGAAAUCCUAGUGGAUCCCUCGUUCCCAUCCUCUGCAGCUCCCCGGAGUUUCCCGAAGAACUCAAGCCUCUCUGCAAGGAGCCCAACGCCCACGAGAUCCUGGAGAGGCUGGAGGCCAUCGCUGAGGAUCCGAGCACGUGCGAGAUAUGUGCCUACGCUGCCUGUGCGGGAUGCUAGGCCGGCGGGUGCUCGCUGCCUUCUGUCCCUCCCCCGCAGGCCGCUCCCUCUCCCCGCAGCUCAGUCUCCCCCGAAUGGAGGAGUGAGGAGAGGGCAGCCUGGGGAGGCCCCGCCCCUGCCCCCAUCCGAGCUGCCCCGUGCGUUCCAAGAUCCACCCCGUCCCGCGGCUAAUAAACCAGA